AUGACUGGGGAGGCUACUGCAUUUUCAAGUGCUCCAUUUAUGUCGACUCCGCCGCUCUCGCGAUGGACUUAUCUAGACAAUAUCCGUCGAACUCCUGGGCCAUUCACUGACGAGGAUUUCAAUGGCAGUGAGGAGGCAACUGCAUUUCUCGACGGCUUGAAGAUCUUAGGCGCAGGAGGGUUGGGUUGCGAAAUCUUGAAGAAUUUGGCACUAUCAGGAUUCAAGACGAUACAUGUGAUUGAUAUGGAUACAAUCGAUGUCUCGAAUUUAAAUCGACAAUUUCUGUUCCGCCAUAGCGAUGUUGGCAAAUCCAAAGCCGAAGUUGCAGCCAAAUUUGUGGAGAAACGAGUAAAGGGCGUCACAAUCGUACCGCACAAUUGCAAGAUUCAAGACAAGGAUGAGGCAUUCUAUAUGCAGUUCAGUAUUGUAGUAUGUGGUCUGGAUAGUAUUGAAGCUCGGCGAUGGAUCAAUUCUACUUUGGUAGAAAUGGUGGAUAUGGACAAUCCGGAGAGUUUGAAGCCAUUGAUAGAUGGAGGCACCGAAGGUAUUGGAGACAUUCCAGCCACUCCAAGCAAAGAUUCUGAUGACAUGCAUGCGCCAAGAGCCGCAGUUCCUCUCUGUACUCUCGCGACUAUUCCCCGCCAACCGGAGCAUUGCAUCGAAUGGGCGCAUAUCAUGGCAUGGGAACAAGAGAAGCCAUUUCCAAAGCUAGAUAAUGAUGAUCCUGAGCAUAUUACCUGGCUCUAUAAAAAGGCUUUGACGAGAGCUCAAGAGUUUAACAUCCCAGGUGUUACUUAUUCUCUGACUCAAGGUGUUGUCAAAAAUAUUAUCCCGGCAAUUGCUUCGACCAAUGCUAUUAUUGCAGCCAGCUGUUGUAACGAGGCCUUCAAGAUCGCAAGCAGCACCAAUCCUGCUCUGGGAAUGGAAGAAAACUAUAUGAUGUACAGUGGAAACGACAGUAUUUACACAUACACUUUUAAACACGAGAAAAAAGACGAUUGCCCUGUGUGCGGGAAUUUGGCGAGGGAUUUGAGCAUCGAUCCAAAUUUGACUCUCCAAGAGUUCAUCGAUUCUCUUGCUCACAGACCAGAAGCCCAACUCAAAAAACCUUCAAUUCGUUCGGCAGACAACAAAUCUCUGUACAUGCAGAGCCCAGAGAGCUUGCGUGUGAAGACCGAGCAUAAUUUAACGAGGAAGAUGGGGGAGAUGACUGGAGAUGGAGAUGAGAUUGCCGUGACGGAUCCAUCAUUAGGUUCAGUGAUGUUCAAAUACAGAUUAAACUUCUCAAAGCCAUUUGAAAAAGUUGCCAGGAAAGAGAAUGGAUCAGAUUAG